AUGAGUCAGGAUGAGGGUGAACAAAAGGCUUUAACGGCUUCAUUACUGUCGUUCUAUAAUUUCUAUAAGUCGCAGUUUGAGAAUAUCAUCAAACCCAGAUUGAUCAAGUAUGGGGCGAUGACUGAAGAAGAAAAAGGUUUACUUCCUUGGUAUCAAGAAUAUACAGAUCAAUUAAAACAAUGUAUUGGAAUAAAUCGUGAAUUCACUGAAAGUUUAGCGACAACAAUUGCUCAAGAGUGGGGAGUUAUGGGGAGCCAUUUAGAUUGGAGCCCAGCCACUUCUUCCGAAUUCGAUAUCACUUCAACGACAUUGCUUCAAUUGACAAGAGAGUGGAGUGAUGAGGGUCAAGGAGAAAGGGAAAUCUCAUUUUCUUUGAUUCUUUCUGAAUUGGAAGAUAUGUACCCUGAUAAGUUGGAGCGACAGAAAGUGAAAAUUUUGAACCCCGGUUGUGGAUUGGGUAGAUUGGUUUUAGAAUUGGUGAUGAGAGGGUUCUGGACACAAGGAAAUGAAAUCAGUUAUCAUAUGUUAUUGACAUCAAGUUUUAUUUUGAAUAGCUGUCAGUUUCCUCAUAGCCACACUAUAUUCCCGUUCUUGGCGAAAUCUUCACACUUGGUUAAGCGGGCUUACCAAACACGAGGAGUCACCAUCCCAGAUGUUGCACCCUUUGCGAUUUUGAAUGAACUUAGCCACGAGUUCCCAAAUAUACCGUACGGAGACUUGAUGUCAAUCACUGCGGGCUCUUUUCUUGAACUUUACGGAGCUGAACGCCCAGAAACCAAUCUUUCAGACCCAGCUGCCAAUGAAGUACGAAGGUCCAGUCAAGGUGCCUUUGAUGUUGUGGUUACUAAUUUUUUCCUUGACACUGCAAGUAAUAUAAUUGACUAUAUAAGGGCCAUCCAUAAUGUGUUGAAACAGGGAGGCAAAUGGAUAAAUUUUGGUCCGUUACUAUGGCACUUUGAAAGUGACUACAAUGUCACAUACGUAAAAAGGGGGGACAAUUCGUCGGUACCAGAUAUUAAAAAAGGUUUGGAAUUGUCAAGGGAAGACCUUGUGCAACUUAUAGAAAAUUUGGGUUUUGCUUUCCGCAAACAUCAAUCUGGCAUAGAGAGCAGUUAUUGUAAAGAUAUUAAGCUGUUGGGUUCAUUUGUGUUCAAAUGUGAAUUUUGGGUCUGUGAAAAACUAUAG